AUGACAUUGUGCUUGUUCCUAACAAUUUGCGUGCUGACUGUCAGUGCACUGCCCAUUGAGGAGCAAACGGGACGCAUCCACGGCGAGAACGGCUGGUAUGUGCCACAGGUGGGCGACGACUUCAAGUGGUUGACCACGGACGAGGCCCAAGGUCAGCUGGCCGCCUAUGAAGCGCUAAACGACAUGGAGAUCGCUGAGCGCAUUUCCCUGAACUCGGUUAACUUCUAUUUGUAUACGCAGCGUAAUCCCAAGGAAGGACAGCUUAUCAAGGCCACGCGCAGCUCCAUUGAUGACUCCAACUUUAAUGCCGCAAAUCCCACCAGAUUUACCAUACACGGCUGGAACUCCAAUUACAAGGACGGCGUCAACAGCGGCGUGCGCGAUGCUUGGUUCCUAUCGGGCGACUACAAUAUGAUAGCUGUGGAUUGGUCGCGUGGCCGUUCGCUGGAAUAUGCCUCCUCUGUGGCAGCCGUGUCGGCAACGGGCAAGAAAAUUGCCAGCCUAGUGGAUUUUCUGGUGACGGAGUACAGCAUGUCCCUGGAGACGCUCGAAGUGGUGGGAUUCAGCCUGGGUGCACAUGUCGCCGGCUAUACAGCCAAGCAUGUGUCCAGCGGCACUGUGCAAAAGGUGGUGGGUCUCGACCCCGCCUCACCGCUGUUCAGCUACAACAAACCGGAAAAGCGUUUGUCCAGCACUGACGCCAUCUACGUGGAAACCAUUCAGACAAAUGGCGGCACUAUGGGCUUCAGUAAGCCUAUUGGCCGUGCUACUUUCUAUCCGAAUGGUGGCAAAUCACAGCCUGGCUGUGGCCUCGAUAUAACCGGCAGCUGCGCCCACACACGCGCCGUCUCCUACUAUGUGGAGUCGCUGCGAAUGAACAAUUUUCCCACCGUCAAGUGUCCCUCAUAUCAGGAAGCCCACAAAAAGGAUUGCGGAAGCACCUACAGCACGGUGCGCAUGGGUGCGAUUGAGAACGAAUAUAUUGCCGUUGGAGACUUCUAUGUGCCUGUUAACAAGGAGUCGCCGUAUGGAUUGGGUGAGUCCGUCGAAAAUGGUCAGGAUGAAAGUACAACCCCGCAGCCCACUACGGUUACGGAUGGAAAUGAUGCGACAACUACGCCAGCCGAUGAUACUACAAACAGCUCCAGUGCAACAACCCCUGAAGAAAUUAUAACAACGCCCGCGCCCGAGAAUGACAAAGACAACGGUCGCAAGACGAACAUUUAUAUCCUCAAUUUAAUAUUCGUCAAUGCGCAAAUCAACAAGCACAACAACUAAUGGCCCAAAAGUGGGCUGCCAAGAAGGCUUCCAAGUUGAUCAAUAAAGUGAA